UAGAAUGUUUUAGCCGUUUUUUAAUAAUUUUUUUCAAUCAUGGGUUUGAAGUUCCUACUUAGUGAAAAAGGGCGCGAUAAAUUAGUGCAUCGUAACUAUAUCUAUAGACAGGAGAAAAUCGUCGGAGAAAAAAUAAUUUGGAAGUGCGUGUUGUACGAGAGAAAUCACCGCAGAGGGCGCGCCGAUUUUUAAUUCAUGACGAUGGUCCAUGUGAAAAGCGAAUUUUAAUACAUAUAUUUGGCACCGACGAGGAUUUACAGUUUAUGAAACAAUGCAAGCAUUGGUAUUGCGAUGGGACGUUUAAUGUUUCGCCACAUCUUUUUAAGCAACUUAAUACGAUCCACGGUAUCGGCUAUUCAAACGUCUUUCCAUCUGUGUAUGCCCUGUUGCCUUAAGGUAUGCCAAAAAGAAUAUGGACAAGAAAAACGUUGUCGAUAAUAGCGCGAAACAGCGAAAUCCUAACAACGAAGCUGGUGGGGGAAUUGGAUCCCGGCCUCGAGCCGACGCAAAAUACACACCAGAGGAGAAUAAGUCAAUGCAAAAAAAUCCGAAUAACGAGCGGUACCAAGGACCGGGAAAGAAAUGAGCAACAAGCUCACUCGAAAAACCAUGGCAAAUCUCAUCUUGCGUCUCAACGUAAAUAUUGCAAAACUACAUAUCAUGACCAUAUGUCUAUGGCUAACCCAGUAAAUUUUGAAAAAAUAUGUCUUUGAACCAAUACAUUUUCUAAAACAUUCA